GUACUUUUGACCUUCUCCAAUCGUCAUGUAUGCCAGAUUUGCAUUAGCGAAGGAACUACUUGUGACCUUCGACCUUCUUCAAUAGUCGAGGUAUCCUUGUGGCUUCAUAUCUUGCAAGCGCUCGCUUCGAUGUUGAUCCCCUCAUUUAGCUUUCUGAACUAAGAUGACCUUUCUGGGGUUGUAAGCUCGUGGUAAGUAUUUAAGUAUCCGCCAAUUCCAGGGUUUUCUCCUCUUCUCCAUCGCUCAAAUCAUCUCCCAUAAUGAAGCUCCUCUCUGUGACUCUUCUGGCGCUCGUCAGUGUCGCCUCUUCCGCUAAAGUAAGCUACAAUGGCGCCAAAGCAUUUCGCAUCCCCGUCGGCGAAGAUGUCACCCCUUUGAUGAACGUGAUUCAAAAGCUUGACCUGUCAGUCUGGAAAGGAGCCCCAAAUGGCAUCCCCAGUCCAAACUCGCAUGUCGAUCUUGUUGUCCCGGCCAAGAGCGUCAAAGAGUUCAGCGAGUUGACAAAGUCGAUGAAGACGGAAGUUAUGCAUGAGGAUCUUGGUGCAUCUAUUGAUGCUGAGGGCACUGCACCUGAGUUCUCGAUUGCUGCUGCCGAUCUUUCCUGGUUCAAUGCAUACCAUGCGUACGCAGACCAUCUCACAUUCUUGAGAGACCUUGUUGCCCAGAACAGCACAAGAUCCGAGAUCGUGGUUGCCGGAAAUUCCAAUGGUGGAAGGGCCAUCACUGGUAUUCACUUCUGGGGUGCUUCCGGAAAGGGUGUCAAGCCUGCUAUUAUCCUUCAUGGCACUGUUCAUGCUAGAGAAUGGAUUACAACUAUGACAACCGAGUAUCUCGCAUACUACCUCUUGCAAAACUAUGGAAGCAGUGCCGAGAUCAAGGGAUUUGUUGACAAGUACGAUUUCUACAUUUUCCCUGUUGUGAACCCAGAUGGUUUCGUCUACACUCAAACAACCAACCGACUUUGGCGUAAGAAUCGCCAGACUGUCUCUACCAGCACUUGUGUUGGUCGCGAUGUCAAUCGAAAUUGGCCCUACCAAUGGUCUGUACCAGGUGGUGCUUCCACCAACCCAUGCGACGAGACAUUCAAAGGUCUCGCAGCCGGUGAUGCAACCGAGAACAAAGUCCUACUUGCAUACACCAACAAAAUCGCCGCAGCUCAAGGUCUCCAACUCUACAUCGACGUCCACUCCUACAGCCAGCUCUUCAUGACCCCAUACGGCUACUCCUGCACAGCCGUCGCUCCCAACAGCGUAACGCUCAACUCCCUCGCCCGGGGCGCCGCAAACGCCAUCAGAGCGGUCUACGGAACCACAUACCAGUCCGGCCCCAUCUGCUCCACGAUCUACCAAGCUACUGGAAGUUCUGUUGAUUACGUCGCUGAUGUCACAAAAGCGAAGUAUACUUUCACCAUUGAGUUGAGAGAUACUGGAACCAAUGGGUUUGUGUUGCCUGCUAGUCAGAUCUUGCCGACGGGUGUGGAGACGUAUGCUGGGUUUAGGUACUUGUUGUUGAACAUGGUUUGAAGAGAGUGCGACAUGGAACUUGAGUGAGAUACGAUGAGUGGACUCGGAGGUCAAUAGAUGACAGCAUGAAAAGGAAACACUUGUUGAACUAAAAGUAUUCAAUCAGGCCACAAUAAUCCAAUCCUCUAUUUUCAUGUGGCGACGCACCUCCACUUUUCAUAGUACCUCCAUUGUCUGACAAAUAAAAUAAGGCCAAAAGAUACUAAUCGCCUCCUGCAAAAUCCCAUCCACUUUCCUCCUCACUUCCUUCAUUUUCACCAUCGCCUCAACUUCCUGCCCAUAAAACUGCACACACAGGGUCUUGACUCCGUCUUCAAUGUACUUUUGCAACUCAUCCAAGAUUUCCAUGUCACUGAUCUCUCCUCCUUUUUCCUCCCCUCUCGCAUCAUCCCGUUCCUCUUUCUCGCUCUUCAAGCUCUCCACCCACCACAUCCUCAACAACUCCUUAACCCUCGCAACUCGCUGAGUCGUCAAAUAUUCCAGAAACGCAGCAUUCAGUUGUAUAUUCUGUUGUGUGGCUGCGUCUCCAAAAGGAGAUUUGAUUAUAAAGAGUGAUUGAAAGGUUUUAUAGAGAGAAGUUGGGGCCGUGAGUGGGAGCGAGGUCAGGAGGUUUGUGCUGGUGAGGAGGGUGCUGAUUUGGGAUGCCAUUUUUGUGUGGGAUUAUUCGGGAUGUGAACUGAGUGGGAUAUGUUUUAUAAUUAGAGGUUCGGACUCAGGAGUUCAUUUUGUGGCUGGGGUGGAAAGCAAUAAUUUGAAGCUGGGUAGGGGAUAGUGCGGGCUCUUUGUGCCGGCUGGUCUUUGUUUACACUCGUGCCGGU